AUGGCGAAUUCUGAUCAAUCUGGUGGUUCCACCAACAACACAAUUGAUUCCAAUCACCCUUUUUACAUGCAUCCUUCUGAUAACCCCGGAGCAAUGCUUGUACCAGUUCAAUUUGCUGAAAUUGGUUUUCGUUCCUGGAGGCGUAGUGUUCUGAGAUCACUUUCAGUGAAGAACAAGUUGGGCUUCAUUAAUGGGGAUUGCCCACGCCCUCAAUCCAAUGACUCAUCGUACAGACAAUGGGAAAGAUGUGAUGAUAUCGUUACCUCUUGGAUCCUGAAUUCUCUAUCUAAGGAAAUUGCUGAUAGUGUUGAGUAUGUCCAGGAUUCUGCAGAAUUAUGGAAAGAACUUGAAGAUCGAUAUGAACAAACAAAUGGUGCGAAGUUGUAUCAGAUCCAAAGAGAAAUUAACGACUUGUCACAAGGCUCUCUUGAUAUCACAUGUUACUACACCAAAUUGAAGAAGCUCUGA